CCAAGGCAAUCAAGCUCUGUUUUAUUUUUCUCAGGGACAGAUGCCAGUGGUGGCGAUGCUGGUUCAGUGUAAAUGUGUUCAUGAAGCUUUAGGAUUUGUAACAAAAAAAGGAAGCAGGAGCAAUAUUUGAUAAGAAUACUCAGACCUCUUUAUUUUAGUAUAAAUUAAUACAUGCAUCAGCCUGAGAGGACAAGAGAGAGAGAGAGAGAGAGAGACGGUGACAUAGAGAUAAACUGGGAUCUGAACAAGGAAUUGAGAAGCAAUCAAAACUGUGCUAAAACAUUCUGAGGGCUGCACGACCGGAGAGUGGUGAAGGACACUUGAUUCAAUGUUGCCGGAAUAGCUGUGGGAUUUGCUUUCUCUCUUUCUUUUUUUUCUGUGUCUCUUUUCUUGGCACUUCUCAAUGAAUCCUCAGGAGCUGUUCAUUACGGAGCAGGCUGGAUAAGGGAACUAAUAAGCAAAAAAAUGUAAAAAUAUUAGCAUGGCAAAAAAAAAAUGUUUACAACUGAGGUGAUCCUUGGAGUUUUCCACUGAGAUUGUUACUUGUCGGCCUCUUUUCUUCACGUGUACUCCCGGUGGUCAAAAUUGGGAGAAUCCCUCUGUCAUUAGUUUCCGGUUUAUAAAUGAUUGGGAUUAUUACUUGGGAGUUUUCCAACUGUACGUCAAGUCUUGUGGCAGUUUGUCUUUUUGUCUCCUCUGAAACUUUCCUCUUAAGGUUUUAAUCGUCUCUGAUGGAUACAACAGGAAUUUUUUCACUCCGACUCAUUUCAUGCUUUCUUUUCAACUUUCUUGGCACAAUUUCUGAGCUCAAGGAGAUCAAAUGGGUUUUCAAAAUUUAGAUUUACCAGAAAAUGAAAUAAAAAGAAGACUUAUCGGGUAUAAAAAAUCUAGGCAAAUUUUACCCAGUUACGGAAUAAACGCAUCCAGCAUAUUGUGAAGAACUUUGGAACUUUGUGAAAUUUGUUUUGGAUGGGUUAGAGAACAUCAUCCCUGUCAAAAAUGGCAGCUUUAGCGAGCUCUUUGAUUCGCCAGAAGCGUGAGGUUAAAGAAGCUCAAAUCACCCGCCCCAUCUCGACCAAACGGAAAGCGUGCCCGCGUACCAACAAAUCACUGUGCCAGAAGCAGAUCCUCAUCCUCAUCUCCAAGGUCCGCCUGUGUGGUGGGAGAAGAGGGAGACUCGAGAAACGGCCAGAACCCCAGCUAAAAGGCAUCGUCAGUCGCUUAUACUGCAGACCGGGAUUUUACCUCCAGAUGCACCCUGAUGGGACAUUGGAUGGCACAAAGGACGAAGGCAGCUCAUCAUCUCUUUUUAACCUGAUACCUGUGGGACUGAGAGUGGUGGCCAUUCAAGGUACGAAGACGGGCCUCUAUAUUGCCAUGAACUGUGAUGGAUACCUCUACACAUCAGAGCAUUUCACACCUGAGUGUAAGUUCAAGGAAUGCGUCUUUGAGAACUAUUAUGUCACCUACUCCUCCGUUCUGUACCGGCAAAGAGAGUCGGGCCGAGCUUGGUACAUCGGCAUCAAUCGGGAUGGACAGGUCAUGAAGGGCAACCGUGUCAAGAAAACAAAGGCUGCUGCUCACUUCCUUCCUAAGCUCAUUGAAGUGGCUAUGUAUCGAGAGCCCUCUCUUCAUGAUGUGGCCGGACAGAGCCCACCUCGCAAGACAGCAAAGACAUCGGACUCUCCAGCCAUGCAGAAUGGACCCAAAGAACCCCCCAAAUGUGAAGCAUCAUAGCCCAGGCUUUCUUCUCAUAGAGUCAGGCACCUGAGGAGAAGUUCAGUGAUGGACCUUCAUCUAAAGAGAGAUAAGGUGCAACAUGGACAAAACACCACUGAGAUUUUUAACUUUGCUUUGACCUAGUUGUAUUGGAGGUGUCUCUUUACCAGUACAGCAAUAUCUUAUGGAAAUUAUUCCAAAUGGAAGUUUGAAUGAGUUCCUGAAAUCCUCUAUUUUUUUUAUCUCCAAUUUCCUGGGAACCUUAACGUUUGCAUGUUGUAGAUGUAUGGGAACAUUGCCAGAUUCCACAUGAAAUAAAUGCAUCCCUCAAACUUGGAUUCCCAUCCACAAGGCAGCUUAUCCCCCAGUCUGGAAGCUCCCUGAAUAUCCUAUGCACGGCAACAUAAUUCAGACAAUUUAUUAAUUUAUUUCCUGUUUUGUAAGGCACCCAGGCAGGAUUUUCUGAUUAGUAAACACAGACCUUGAGCCAUGCAAAAACGUAAUGCUGGACAUUGACAUCUGUUUGGCAAACAAGCCUUGGCACAAUGUUUUCUUUUGCAUCAAUCAACAGGAAGGAAAAGGAACAUUUUGAAUAAUGCCUGAUUUGUUUUAAACUGGGACCUUUGUGGUGCCUGGGGCAGACAUAUUUUGAAAACCAUUUAAAAUGAUCAGAUUGAAGGCCAGGGUUUAAUAUGUGGUUACUCUGACUUUAGAAAGGCAUCCACAGGCUACACAUAGUGAGUGUAAAUAAGUGUGUCGCACCGAGGGGAAAAGCUGUCAAGUUAUAAAGUAUAUGAUGAUUUGGGGUCAUUAUGGAGCUUUUUGAAUAUGUGGGUGCAAGGUGGAGAAAGGGCAGAGGCACAGA